AUGCUCCCAAACUCACCGCACUUGGGCGCAGGCUUCUCAUCGACAGUCACAUCCCCUGCAUCUGCCACCUUCCAGCCCAGUUCGACCUACUAUCCCACAUCCACACCAAUCGCAACUUCCAGCUUCCGAAGACUGAUAUGGGAAGGCACAAUCCCGAUUUGCGUCUCGAUAGAUCCAGCAGAUCUUCCGCCAGGCUCGGACACUACCAUCGACUCGACGUAUCUUGUAGUGCCACGCAUCAGCUACCUUCCACUCAUCGUGGCUGAGGUCAGGAAGAACCUACUAGAGCUGGUGCUGGAGCAGCCUGCAUUGACCGCGCUCAACGACAAAGAGCUUUGGUUCGAGUACGAAGGCCAACCGCUGCGAUGGCACUGGCAGAUCGGUCUGCUCUACGACUAUCACACCCCAAAUGCCGCUCGCACGACCAUCGCUUAUCAAGCAGCGUCGACGACGACAACCGGGCUAGGGUCCUUGCGCCCCGAAGACCCACAUUCGACUCAGAGUCGUUCAGAUAGUGGCAUUCUGCCUGCGGCGCAACCAACAAAGCUCCCAUGGAACAUCCGACUGCGGCUGUCGAAACCACCCGUCGACCGUCUUCACAGCAAUUCGGGCUUGGAGUCGUGCAAGGCGUCGUUCAUGUCGAUGAUCAAGGAAGCCGACUUUGUGCGCUACGGAUCGACCAAGAAGGUGGUCAACUUGCGCAAACAGGAGCAAGACACACUCUGGGAUGGCGUCACCUCGCACGACUACGACCUCUUUUGGAGCAUCGCCAACAAGCUUGUGCCCAACUCGCGGAACUCGACGUUCGAGAUCGGUAGUGCAGCAACAGUUCGCUCACCGAUCACGGCUCGCACACUGUCCCUCAACAUUGGUGCGGGAGAAGAGCGCACGCCUCCCAUGGUGCAGCGCAGCCUCACCAACCAGCCGAAUGAAUCGCAGGCGAGUCUUGCACCGAGCACGGUGUCGACGAUCACCAGCACCUCUUCCGAUGCGCCGUCCGCCACCAGCGGCACAGCCACCCCAACCACAGGCAAUGCAGUACGCAGCAUACCCAUCCGCAUCUUCCUGCCAGACAACGCGCCCAUCGUACAGGAGCCCGCCCCACCCAUGCUGGACGAUGGCAGACCCAACACCCUAGGCGCUGUACUGUCGGCUCUAUUCCCACUGCUCUUUCCGCCUCCACCGAGCUUCAGCAGCUUUGUUUCGCAGGCGCCACCGCUAGCCUUCGCGUUGGUGCAGGGCGUGAGGAUGCCGCUGGACACGGAGAUCGCUUGGUUGGGAAGCGCGCUUGUUGGGCCAGAUGGCUGGGUAGCCGUUGUCAUCGGGCUGGUGAGCUAA